CUCUGUCUCUCUCUCUCUUUCUUUCAUUUCAUGAACAACAACAACAACAAAGCACAAGAUAUGCCAACCAUCUUGUGAAGAAGAACAGCAAUCCACCAUCAAAUUCUCCUAACCUACGCUUUCGAUUUCUCCUGAUCUGCUUCUUUCCCGUCCACCCAUAAAAACAACAACAACAACAAGAAGACGGCCAAAGCACAAAAUAUGCCCACCGUCACAGCAACAACAACAACAACAAACCACUAUCAAUUUCUCCUGAUCUGCUUCUCUCUCCUCAACCCACAACAGUAACAAUAACCGUUAUGCCGUCUUAUUCACAGCAACAACAAGACUCAAAUCCCAAGAGAAGCACACCAUCACAACAGCGACAACGACAACGACAACGACAACGACAACAGACUCAAAAGUACCCAUCCUUUGCAUUAUGGGUAUCAGCUCUUCUCAUUCUAUUUCUAGCCCUUUUCUUCUCUUUCAAAUUCCCCAACAUGACAACUACAAUCACAACAUCCUAUCACAGGUUUCUCAAACCAAGCUUUCCAUCAUCAAAACCAGCAAGAAUCCUACGUAUGCUCAUUCAAACCUUCACAAAAACAAAAACAACAACCAUUCAACUACAAGAAAAAAAAAUUGAAAAACCCAAUUCCAUGCCUUCUCCCAUCUGCCUUCUUUGGAUGGCCCCUUUCCUCUCUGGAGGCGGCUACUCUUCCGAAGCCUGGUCUUAUAUCACCGCUUUAUCGGAUUUAGCAAGAAAGAAAGAAUCAUCAUACCCAAGAAUUAGAUUGAGGAUUGAGCAUCAUGGGGAUCAGGAAUCCUUGGAUUUCUGGAUUGGGUUGCCUCAAAAACUCAGGGGUCUGGCCCAGAAGCUUUACGCAGCUGAAUGCGAUUUGGAUGAAACAGUUGUCAUCUGCCACAGUGAGCCUGGAGCCUGGUACCCACCUCUCUUUGAAACUUUUCCAUGCCCACCACCUACCUACGGUGAGGAGAUGCCAUUGUUUGUUGUUGGUCGGACCAUGUUCGAGACUGACCGGGUUAGCCCUGAACAUGUGAAACGUUGUAACCGGAUGGAUUCCGUGUGGGUCCCUACUGAUUUUCAUGUGUCCAGUUUUGUACGGAGCGGGGUUGAUCCAUCCAAGGUUGUGAAGAUGGUCCAACCAGUUGAUGUGGGGUUCUUCAAUCCAUCGAAACACAAGGCGUUGGAUCUUCCCUCUGGGGGGCUGAUCUUAGGCUCUCAUGUGCAGAAUUCAGAGAAGAAAGAGUUUGUGUUUCUUAGUAUUUUUAAGUGGGAGUAUAGGAAGGGAUGGGAUGUGUUAUUGAGAUCUUACUUGACAGAAUUCUGCAAACAUGAUGGGGUUGUUUUGUAUUUGUUGACAAAUCCUUAUCACUCCGAUAAGGAAUUUGGAAGCAAGAUUUUGAAGUUUGUUGAGGAUUCUAAUGUAGUGGAGCCUCUUGAUGGGUGGGCCCCGGUUUAUGUGGUUGACACCCAUGUACCUCAGAUUGAUCUGCCUAAACUCUACAAGGCUGCCAAUGCGUUUGUUCUUCCAUCGAGGGGAGAAGGUUGGGGUCGGCCUCUUGUGGAGGCCAUGUCAAUGGCUCUUCCAGUGAUUGCGACCAACUGGUCGGGGCCAACUGAAUUUUUGACAGAGGAGAAUGCGUAUCCGCUACCUUUCGACCAUAUGAGUGAAGUGACGGAAGGACCGUUCCAGGGUCAUCUUUGGGCUGAGCCAUCUGUUGAUAAGCUGAGAGUUCUGAUGAGGCAUGUGAUUAGCAAUCCUGAGGAAGCUAGAAGGAAAGGAAUUCAGGCUCGGGAGGACAUGAUCAGGAGAUUCUCACCUGAGGUUGUCGCAGGCCUUGUUGUCGAUCAGAUAUUGAAGAUUUCUAAGAAGAAUGUUUAGACAGCACUUCCCUGCUCCCACACCCAAAUCUAUUGCUGCUUCGCUUCACGCUUUGUGCAACUAUAGGUUGGACCUGAACUGUAGUUUUUAUUUUGGGGCGUCUUCUUCUUCUUUUUUGGGUAGGUAAGCUGGCAUCAAACCUGAGACCUCAGUAUUGGAAUGCAGGUUGUCUACCAUUGAGCUAUCGGCUCAAACCCAAAUGCGGUGAAGUCCAAGGUUUUGGGGCUAGCCCCUUAUUAUGAAUGGAAUUUUGCUGGCCAUGCUUUGUUCAUUUCCACUCUAUCAAACUGAAAUGUUGCAAUUGCUUCAAUUAAGCAUCCAUACGCAGCCUAAAGGUUGUCAGUACAAGGUUAGAUUUAUCUUGGUCGUUUUAGGAAAAUUAUCAUCGCUUUAUGAUUGUAUAACUACCUUUCAUGGACAGAUGUGUGCUCCUUACGCUUUUUGAUUUUUUUAGUUAUUUCCACAGC